AAUCUAAGAAAACAACAACAUUAGCGUCUCAUUUUCACUCUAGACGACGCUCACCAUGUCUGCAAACGACAGAAGCCCGGUUAACACCCUGACCGCUGAAGCAGAACCAAAGUCUUAUGAACCUGAAGACCUCAUCCAGGAGAAACCAGUAGCACCACAGCUCGGCGAGUUUCCUGAGGGAGGAAAGGAAGCUACGAGAGUGGUAUGGGGUGCAUUCCUGGUUCUCUUCGUUCAGUUCGGUGUCAUGAACUCGUACGGUAUCUUCGAGUCCCAAUAUCUCGCAGACCAGUUGCGUACCGACACGGCAUCUUCUAUUUCAUGGAUAGGCACUUUCCAACUAUUUACAUUCUUUUUUGCCGGUGCCUUCAUUGGACGUCUGUUUGAUUCAUUCGGACCCACCCCUCUUAUCGUUCCCGGAUCCAUUCUUCUGGUUUUCGGGUUGAUGAUGACCUCUCUUUGCAAGGAGUAUUAUCAAUUCUUCCUCGCACAAGGCUUGGUAUUCGGAAUUGGUAGUGCCAUGGUAUUCUACCCUGCAUUGAGCGCCAUCACUCACUGGUACCUUAAGAGGCGUGGUACGAUGAUGGGAUUGACCACGGCUGGUUCUUCCCUCGGUGGUGUCGUCUUCCCUAUUGUUCUUAACAAGCUCAUCCCCGCAGUCGGGUUCCCCUGGGCGGUUCGAGUUGUGGCCUUUAUUUGCCUCGCAUUCCUCAUCCCUGCCAUUUACCUCAUCAAGGGUCGUCUCCCUCGCCGCCAGUUCGCUGGCUUUGGGUCCCUUCUUGACUUUGGUGGACUUAAGGAUCCAGUAUAUUUGCUUUUCUUGGUUGGAUCCUUCGUUACAGUUCUAGGAACGUACAACCCUUACUACUACAUUGAGACCUUUGCCGUUGCGCAUAAUUACAGUCCCAAUGUCUAUCUCUAUGUCCUUGCUAUUCAAAAUGCAGGUUCAUUCUUCGGCCGUGUUAUCCCCGGUAUUAUGGCUGACAAGCUUGGAUUCAUGAACAUCCUCGCUCUCGCUUGUAGUGGCGCUGCGCUUGUUCUCUACACCUGGCUUGCAGUCGAUUCUCCCGCUGGACUUAUCGUCUGGGCGGUUGCUUACGGUUUCACCAGUGGAGCAUUCAUUGCUCUUAUGCCUGCGUGUAUCGGUAAGAUCACACCCGACACCACGAAAUACGGUGGACGGGCCGGGCUUCUUUUCGGAUUCGUCUCGUUUGCUGGCCUCACGGGACCUCCUAUUGCUGGUGCACUCAUCAACCACGACGGGGGUAACUUCCGAGACAUGAUCAUCUUCUCUGGUGUCGUCUGCACAGCCGGCGCCUGCCUCUUCUGGGCUGCUCGCUUCAAGUUUGCACCCGGACUUUUUGUCAAGUUCUAAUCCGUCGAAUACUUCCGUGGAAGGAGGAGGGGAUAUAGACUUGUACAUACCCUAAUUGCAUAGAAGCUCAUGCUGUGUUUACGACCGCUAGGAAAGGCGCUCAAUCGUUUCUUGGUCUCUUAACGUUGCCUUGCUCUCAUGAUGAUAUAUAUACGUGCACUCGCAUUUUGUAGAUUUUACGGACUCUCUUCACCCUCAUACUUUAUAUACACAGCGCAAUCAUACCGCAUGUUCUUUAUUGUUUUCACACGUUGAAAUAUAAAACCGUAUCACCAAUGUGUC